UUUGUAUUGUAUUUUGUCAUUAUUUUUUAGAGUAGAUCCCCUUCAGUUUGGAACCGUCCAUGUUUACAAACACGUUUGUUUAUUUUAUGAGAAGUACAGGCUGUUUGUCGAUUAUUGAUAAAACUAAGGGAAGAUUAAAGUAUAGAUUUAUCUAUUUGACCUAGUAAGUUUAAACUUUUACAAAAUGGCGACCAAUGGGAGUACAACAGACGCGUCGGAUGAAUUGUUUGACUUUAUAUGUUCUCCUUGCAACAAGAAAGACAAGAAUAGUGAGGCGAUGAAGUACUGUGUGGACUGUCAGGAGUAUCUGUGUGUACCUUGUGUUGAAAGUCACAAUAGUUUCUCUGUCCUAACUGGACAUACAUUGGUGGAAAGGUCAAAGUUUGGAAAUGCAAGUAGAACAGACAGCAAGGAAUUACCGUCGGUGCCGACUGAAAGAUGCAAAGUUCACUCAUUGAAGCUCGUGGACAUGUACUGUGCUGAUCAUGACUCGGUUGGAUGUCAUGUCUGCUUUACACUCAAUCAUAAGCCGUGUGUGAAUAUCCACUAUAUUCCUGACUUUGUUCGAACAAUACCACAGGCAGAAGAUGCAAGGAAGAUAAAGAAUGAAAUAGAGAAAGCAACAACAAAAACGGAAACCUUGCUGAAACAGAAACAAAGAACUAGAGAUGAAAAUACUAAAAGAAGAGCAAUUUGCUGCAACAAAAUAAAAACCUACAGAGCAGAAAUAGACCAAACUCUGGAUCGACUGGAACAAACAGCCGUUGCUGAAGUAGAUCGAAUAUGUAACACAGAAGAGAAGAACAUUCAAGCAGAACUGAAAAAUCUUCAGGAGACGACGAUUAAACUUAACCAAAGUAAAGCUGCACUGGAAUCGUCUCAGAAAAAUCAAUCGCAGCAGUUUGUAAGUAGAAAGACGUGCGAAAAACUACUCUCAGAGACAGAGACGACUUGGUCCAGUUCAGAUGAUAAGCGAGGAGAUGCCACUUUGUUUACAAAAAAUUUAGAAAUACAUUAUUCCCUUCAACAAUUUAAAUCACUCGGAUGUCAAUCACAUCAAGAGAAGCUAGGUCUCUAUCAAGUUCAAAGCAAAAAGGAUUACAGUGUGAAGUUGAAAGAUGAUGGGAAUUCUUGCGAUAUUUGGUCGUCAUGUAUGCUUGACUCCGGUGAUAUGCUCCUGGUAGACAACAGGAACAGCAAAAUUAAACUUGUCGAAUGUGAAACAUACACUGUUAGAAAUUCAUUGACAAUGACUGAAAAACCUCGAUCUGUUUGCAAGGUCAGUAGCGAGGAAGUAGCUGUGAGUCUUAAUAAUCGAAUCCAGUUUGUAUCUACUGUAGCCCAGCUCCGGCCUACCCGCACUCUAAUGAUGGAUCACAACUGCAGAGGUAUAGCCGUAACGGAUGAAAAGAUAGUUGUUUGCGAGCAAGGCAAGAGAGUGUUUGUACAUACAAUGGAUGGCACGUGUCUACGGACAAUCAGUAGUGAUAGAUCUGGUCAGGUUAUGUUUACGUGUGCCCGGGAGGUUUCUUUAGGUGGUGGUGACGGCAAAAUGAUACAUGUUACAGGAUAUAAUCAAGAUCUUGUAACAAUAGAUAUUGACGGCAAUGCUAUCUGGAAGUACUCAAGCAAUAUAUUAAAAAGUGGAUGGGGAGUGUGUACGGACGAAAACGGUAAUGUGCUUGUCAGUGGUGACGAAUCAAACAAUGUUGUACAAUUGAAUUCAGACGGAAAAUGCUUAGGAGAAGUUGUUUCCAAAUCUCAUGCUUUGAAAAAUCCACGCGCUAUAUGCUUUGAUAUAAAACAGUCAAAACUGAUUGUUGCUGCUAAAGACAACAUCCACGUUUUCCUUAUUCGAUAAACAUAAUACAUGUUUCUAUUAUUAAAUCACCUUUUUAAUCUCCCGCCACGAGUGUUAGGGGGUUAUAGGAAUGGUCUCCGUCCAUCCGUCCUCCCGUCCUUCAAUCUGUCUGUAACAUUUUGUGUCCGCUCUGUAUCUCCUUAACCCCUUGAAGGAUUUUCAUUACACUUGGGUCAAAUGAUCACCUCAUCAAGACGAUGUGUAGAACUAAAGAGUCAGCCAUGUCGGCUUAAGGUCAAGGUGACAGCUCAAGGUCAAAUGUUUGAGCAAUCCAUUUUGUGUCCGCUCUGACUCUUCUAAACCCCUUGAAGGAUUUUCAUGAAACUUGGGUCAAAUGAUCACCUCAUGAAGACGAUGUGCAGAACUUAUAAGACAACCAUGUCGGCUGAAGGUCAAGGUCACAAUUCAAGGUCAAAGGUUUGAGCCUUCCAUUUUGUGUCCGCUCUGUAUCUCCUAAACCCCUUGAAGGAUUUUCAUCAACCCUUUCACUAUACAUAACAGCGGCAGGGGAUUUAGCUGUCUUUCAGACUGCCUUGUCUUCUAUGAAAGUCAGAAUGUGUGAUGGAAUAAUCGCAAUUAGAAUAAAAGGAAUGUUUCUGCCACAGCGGUAGUUAUAUAAGUUAACCAGCUGAACAUAUUGGGAAAAAAGCAUUUUAAGCUCGACUAUGCAAUGUAUUUUCUGAGCAAUCCUACUCGAACCGGCAUCUGCGUCCUUCCGCGUCCACACUUAGGUUAACAUUUACAUGAUGGAUUUGUUUCAGAUUAAAAAUAGUCAUCCCUCGUUAUCACCCACAUCAUUAUGGCACCAUUGUGAUCACCACAUGUCGGAUACAUAUGUCGAUAGUUUUAAUAAUCAUUGCGCGUAAGUGUAAUCAUGAAUUAAGUCAUUUUAAAUGUGGAUAUACGAAUGUUAAAUUAUCCAGUCUGAUGUUUACUUCAAAAACUGACCUUCCGCGCAAUGGUUAUUUAGCUCUUAGUUAAGGUUUUUCUAUUAUCAAAACUUAGGGGUACAUUAUGUUCCUUUAAGUAUAUCUAUUAAACGGCUAAUCCUGUAUUCACAUGCGGUCUACAACUCAUUUAAAUGGGUCAACCGUGUUGUUGUACUUAUGAAAUAGACUAGCCCGGUUUAUAGGCUGGUCAGGGCUACGAUAUGUAUUGUAUUUUGCCAUCGAGCUAUUUCUAUAAAAUGCUUCGUCCCCUUCCGUUUGGAUCCUUCCAUGUUUACAAACACUUUUGUUUAUUUUAUGGACUGUACCUUUAGUUAAAUAUACAUCAAUCUCCAAUAAACACGUGAAUGUUACAUUUGAAAAUGUAAACAAACAAUGUUCAAUAUACUGGUCCACUAAUACAAAAGCGAAAACUUUGCUGCGUCAUUAAAGAUAUACUGAUUUGAACGUAAAUAAGCGGAAAUUGACCAUGUUUCUGGGCUCAGUUGAAAUCUGUAUUUAAUAAAAUAAGUGCCUGAUUUUCUAAAAUUUAAUUUACACACUUCAUUUGUGGUUUAUUACUCUAGAGGUCAUAAUUUUCGCCUAAUCUUAAUAAAACUUGGUCAAAAUGUUACCUGAAGGAGUUUGUGACAGGGUCAUCUGGGGUCAAAAACUAGGUCACUUUGUCAGUUAAUAGGAAAACCUUGUUAGAACCCUAGAGGUCAUAUUUUCUUUUUCAUCUUCAUAAAACUUCGAGUUCAAGUUUGAAACUGGGUUACCCGAGGUCUUAAGCUAGGUCUCUAGGUUAAAUCAUUAAACAAAGUUGUUAACACUCUAAGGCCAAAUUUGCUACUUGAAUAUCAUAAAUCUUUGUGAGAAUGUUUGUCAUUAUGAAAUAUAGAAAAUGUCAGAAAUCAUAUUACCUGAGGUCAAAAACUAAUCCAUUAGGUUAAUUCGUAGAAGAACCUAGUUAAUACUCUUCAUAAAAGAAACUUCAGAGUGUUUGUAUGAAUUCUAGGUUAAGUUCAAAACUGGCUUACCCGAGUAAAAAUCUAGAUCACUAGGUCAAAUCAUAGAAAAACGUUGUUAACAUUGUAGAGGCCACGUUUUCCAUUCGAUCUCAAGAAAAAGUAUCAGAAUGUUUGUCUCUAUGACAAGAAGUUCUAAUCUGUGUUACCUAGGGUCUUUAACUAGGCAAAAUCAUAUAAAGAACUUGUUAACACUUCAGAGGCCACAUUUUCAUCUUGAUCUUCAUAAACCUUUGUCAGAAUGUUUAUCUCUAUUAAAUAAAGGUUGAAUUCAAAACUGGUUUAUCUAACAUCUUAAACUAUGUCACUAUGUCAAAUAAUCUUCAUAAAACUUUGUCAGAAUGGUCUGGGUCAAAACGUAGAAAAACUGUGAACACUCUACAAACCACAUUUUCCAUUUAAUCUUCAUAAGAACUUGUCAGAAUGUUUAUCUUGAUGAAAUGUAGGUCAGGUUUAAAACUUGGUUACCUGAGAUCUUAAAGAAGGUCACUAGGUCAAAUCAUAGAAAAACCUUGUUUGCACUCUAGAGACUACAUUUUCAACUUAAUAAAUCAUAAAACGUAGUCAGAAUCUUUGUCUCUUUUAAAUCUAGGUAGCUUUUGAAACUGGAUUAUCUAGGUCAAAUAUACUCAACAACCUUUCUAACUCCACACCUGGUUUUUAGCUCGACUAUUCGAAGUAAAGUCUAGCUAUUCUAUUCACCCUGG